AUGGCUGUGCUGCACUGGCACCUGUACCUCAGCGCCCUGGGCUGCUGGGUGACACAGCUCUCCAGCUCCUUCCUGCUGCCCAAUGCCACCGAGCUGCUGUCCCCGCCCGGGGGCACGGCCGCGGGGCUGCUGUGGGGCGCGGGGGUCCCCCGGAGCCGUCGGAAGCGAUACCUCUCUCCCCACGACAUGAGCGUGAUUUUGGAUUACCACAACCAAGUGCGGGCUCAGGUGUCCCCCCCUGCUGCCAACAUGGAGUUCAUGGUGUGGGAUGAGCGGCUGGCCAGGGCAGCAGAGGCGUGGGCUGCGCGUUGCCUGUGGGACCACGGGCCCCCUGAGCUGAUGAAAUAUGUGGGGCAGAACCUCUCCAUCCAGUCGGGCAGGUACCGCUCGGUCACGGACAUGGUGAAAUCCUGGCACCAGGAGAAGCAGCACUACUCCUUCCCCCACCCCCGGGAGUGCAGCCCCCGCUGCCCCAGCAAGUGCAGCGGCUCCGUCUGCAGCCACUACACACAGAUGGUGUGGGCAACCUCCAGCCGCCUGGGCUGUGCCCUGGGCACCUGUGCCAACGUGCAGGUGUGGGGCAGCACGUGGCGUCACGCCAUCCUCCUCGUCUGCAACUACGCCAUCAAGGGCAACUGGCUGGGAGAAGCACCGUACAAGGUGGGGCGGCCGUGCUCAGCCUGCCCCCCCACCUACGGCCGGGGCUGCUCCAACAACAUGUGCUUCUCCGGAGUCAAAUCCAACCAAGUCAGCUGGUUCUAG